AUGGGUGCAGUAUGUUGUACAGAAUAGUUUGAAAAGGGGGGAGAAUUAGAUACAAAAAUAGUUAAGUUGGAUAAUAAUAACUAGCAAAGUGGAAAUGGAACAGCUUCUAUUUCAAAGGAAUUAUUUGAUAGUAAGGAUAAAAUGUAAGUAUAAAUGGGGAUUUGCUAUUAAUGCUAAGUGUUGAAAAUCACCUGCGAAUGUAAAUCCAUCCAAAAAUUAAAUGGAGAUAAAGAUGAUGAAGAAAUAUUUAUACUUUCGUCUCGAUCGCUGGACAGUUCAUCUUUUGAAUCACGUCCAGAUGAUACAAACACCAAAAAAACCAUUUUAAAGCAUUAAUUACAUUAUGUUUCAAAUGUAUAAUAGUAGCAAAUUCCUAUAAGAAAGAAGGUUAGAUUCGAUUUAUCAAAGAAAUAAUGA